AACAAGGAGAAGGUAACUAUCCGUCAACUCCGAUAAUUAAUAGCUUAAUCGCAAAAAUCAAUUCAGGAAAUACCCUUUCACGAGAAACAGAGUUAGACGAUGUCAAAUCAGUGAAAUACAAAAUCACCAACAGAAAAUUUCCCGCAUUGAGCUAUGUGUCAUUAAAACCAUU